AUGUCGGAGAGCGACCGUGCCUCGUUCGCCGCUUAUGAUGUAGAGUUUGUUGUAGAGAUUUCACCGCUCUACAUCUCUACAGCUCUACAGCGCUCUACACUCUACAUCCUCUACACCCUCUUUCAGCGUCUUCUGCCCUGCGUCGUCUGGCGACGGGUCGGCUCUGUCACCGUGCCUGGGGCCGACCUGCACAGCUACGUCUCCUCGGCGACCGGGCUGCGCGCGCUGCUCGCAAAGACGGACGAGCCGCUCUGCUCCAUGCACAUGGCCAUCGCGACUGAGGCGGACACAAACGAGUGGUCGCACAAGGACGACGGCCUGCCGCACGUGCUCGAGCACGAGACCUUCCUCGGCUCCGAGCAGUACCCGUUCAAGGGCCUUUUAGACAAGCUCGCCAACCGCUCGCUCGCCGACGGAACCAACGCGUGGACGGCGACGGACCACACGUGCUACACGCUGACGACGGCCGGGCACCGCGGGCUCCUCAACAUGCUCCCGAUCUACGCCGACCACGUCUUUUAUCCGACGCUGACGCAGGCGGGCUUCACGACGGAGAUCCACCACGUCACCGCCGAGGGCGAGGACAAGGGCGUGGUCUACUGCGAGAUGCAGGGGCGCGAGAACGACUCCUCGAGCCUGAUCGACCGCGCGGUGAUGGACCUGCUCUACCCGACGGGAGGGUACUCGGCGGAGACGGGAGGCAAGAUGGCGAAUAUCCGCCGGCUGACCAACGAGCAGGUGGCUCGCUACCACGCCGAGAAUUACCGGCCAGACAACACGCUGCUGGUCGUGUCUGGCCUGGUGGAGGAGGCGGACUUCCUCUCCGCGCUGUCUGCGCUGGAGCAGAGAGUGGUCAGCAAGCAGGCGCAGGCAGCAGUGGGCGUGGCGCCGCCCCGCCGGCCAUGGUCCAGCCCGGUCUGCUCGAUGGCGGCCUUGGGCGUCGAUGGGAUUGUGGUUUGCUCGGCGCCGCCAUCUUCGACGGAGCUGGAGGUCAAGGGGGCGGCGCGAACCAUCUCCUUCCCGACGGAAGACGAGUCUGUGGGGACCGUGUCCAUGGCGUGGCGCGGCCCCGCGUACAGCGACGCGGCGACGUGGCAGAAGCUGGCCUUGCUGCACAACUACCUCACCGACUCGGCGGCCAGCCCGCUCGCCAAGGCCUUCGUGGAGUGCGCCUCGCCGCUGUGCGGCGACGUGAGCGCCACGCACGAGGUGUUUGUGGAGGGGUACCACCAGCUCUGGUUCGAAGACGCUGAGGUGGAGACCAUCGACCAGAUCGCUCCCUCGCUCUUCCGGCACCUCGUCGCCGCCAGAGACGACUUCUCGAUGGAGCGGAUGGGGCUGUGCAUUCGGCGCAUGCGGCGCACGCACCUCUCGUCUGUCGAGAGGCACCCCACCGACACGCUAAUCGACGGGCUGACGCGGCACUUCCUGUACUACCCGACGGAGGACGACCAAGCGGCAGGCGGCCUCGCCGAGUGCUGCGACCCGCUAGCGCAGCUCCCCUCUCUCGAGGCGAUGAGCCGCGCCGACUGGCAGGCCCUCCUCAGCCUCUGGUACCUCGACCGCCCCUGUGCGGCCGUGGUGGGGCGGCCGUCGGCCGCCCUCGUCAAGGAGAUCGCCGAGAGCGAGGCGGCGCGCGUGCAGAAGCAGAGGGAGUCGCUCGGCUCGGCCAGGCUCGAGGAGCUCGGCGCCGCUCUCGACGCCGCAGUCGCCGCCAAUGGAAAGGAGAUCCCGACCGAGCUGCUGACGCGCGUGUCCAUCCCAAGCAAGAGCGACGUCCGCUCCAUCCCGAUCGUCUCUGUGCGCGGCGGAGGAGAGACGCCGUUUGCAGUCGUGCCAGGGUCCGGCGAGGGCAUGGACGCCAGCCUCACGGCGAAGCUGCUCUCGCGGCUUCCGGCGCCGGCGAGCGGCGCUCCGCUGCCGUACUGGCUGCAGGCGACGCUGGUCGACUCGCCCUUUCUCAGCGUCAAGGUUGCCCUCGACACAAGCGACGUGCCCGCGAGCUUGCGGCCGUACCUCCCGCUGCUGCUCGAGCUCUGGUUCAAGGCGCCAGCAAGGCUCGAGGACGGCUCACGGCUCAGCAAGGACGCCUUUGUCGCGGCCCUGGAAGACGACACCGUCUCCUACUCCGCCAGCUUCGGCGUCGGCGGCAAGGUGCCUCAGCUGAUCUCCGCCUCGAUCAAGCUCGAGCUCGACUCGGGCGCCGCCGACGCCACCCUCUCCAAGGGCCUAAGCUGGAUGCGGCGCGCCAUGUACCUGACCCGCUACACCACGUCCAACGUCAAGAUGACCGCGAAGCGGCUGCUGAGCGGCAUUCCGGGCACGUACCGCGACGGCGACGAGAUGAAGUCGCACGUGUACGCAUGCCUCGCGCUCGACCGCGGCCGCUCCAACGGUGCCGCCGCCUCUCCAAUGGUGCAGCAGCCCUUCCUGCAGACCCUCCUCGCGAGGCUGGCGACACCAGACGGGUCGCGCCACGUGCUCGAGAUGCUGCACUCGCUGCGCGCGCACCUCGUCGCGCCGACGCGGAUGCAAUUCCUUUUGGCUGGCCGGCUGACGGAGCUGUCGCAGCCGUACGAGGCCGUCGUCGGCGCGGGCGACUUUUGGGUGCGGCUGCGCGGCGCCGGCCUGACGUACGGAGCCUCUCUAUACAACCUUCCGGAGAGCGAGCGGCUGCAGCUCACGCUCUACCGCUGCGGCGACGCGCUGGCGGCCUACUCCGCCUCGAAGGAGAUCAUUGCCGAGUACGCGUCCGGGGCGGCGACGCUGUCGCAGGUCGACCUCGAGGGCGCAAAGUCGUCGCUCACGUACAACCUGAUCUCCAGCACGUCGAACAAGCCGGCGGCGGUCAGCGCGCAGUGGGCCGCGGGUUACACGGGCGUGCAGGCGGACUACACCGGCUGGCUGCUCUCGAAAGUGGAGGAGGUGACCGCCGCCGACGCCCUCCGCGCCCUCUCGGCCCACCUCACCCCGCUCUUCGAGGCGUCUGCCGUCCUCGUCGUCUCGUCGCCGGCCGGCAAGGCGAAGGAGCUCGCAGACUCGCUCGGGGAGGUGCACGGGAACUCCGAGCCGCUCCCCGUGCUGGCGGAGGACGAGCUCUCUUCGAAGCUCUGUGGCGGCGACGCUGCGGAUGUCUCGCCGCCGCCGGCGUAA